AUGACCCGGCCAAAGGUGCCAGAGGAGAGGAGGCAAAGAAUUGCUCAAGCUUGUGAUACUUGCAAGCGUCGAAAACAGAAAUUACCCCCCUCCCAAUACGCUGAUGGCUUCAAAUCCCAUCCGAAUCGUUUAGAAACCCCUGGCCAACAUCAUGGCCGUGUUAUCACGCGAGUAUUUUCCCCUUUUGAGGCUCCUCUUGUGCAGCCCUACUGGGAUCUAGCCGUGGCUAUGACCCAAUACCCACGCAUCCAACCGCAGAACAAAAUCCGUGAUCAAAACAAGGCCUGA